CCCUCUGUCACGACCUCGCGCGUCAACCUACACUUCGCCUCUAUUUUCUACGAUUCUGUCGCGCAUAACAGACUACCCUGCGACUAUGGAUCCGCGAUCUCCCAAAAGACGGAAAACCACUCCUCCCGACGCAAACACGACAGACAACCCUGCGAGGACUCCAACACGCGCUUCAUUCCUAUCGCCAACCAAAGCCAGCUUGGCACGCUUCAAUCCCGGGCUAUUGCCUCGCGCUGGGUCAGAGAGGAGAUCGAAGAGCCGCGGCGCUUCAAUUGGUUACCAGGCGGAAGCAGUCAAUACGAAUGAGCAAACCCAAGUAAAUGCGGGCGCGCAAGCUGGAACACCAGUGCGGGAGGAAGAGGAUGGCCUCCCACUUGCUUCAAACGAAGUGAGUGUGCGAGAGACAGGUCAGGGGGUACUGUACUCGUCACCGAGCAAGCGACCCCGGAGAGGAAGGGCUACCUCCCCGUUGCGACCGAAGGCUCCCCCGCCGAUGAAUACGGAUGAUACGAUUAUGACGGAUGCGCCUCUGGAGGGAGAUACACAGCUUCAAUCAGAGGGUGGGCAGCAGGAGGUGGCAGCGGGGGCGGCAGCGGGGGCACUGGUGGAGGCGGCACCAGUGGAUCCUGAAAUAGGAAAGAAGAAGCAAGAGAAGGAGCGAUUGGAACGUGAGAUGGACGCGUUGCAGGAAGAGGUCAGCCAAUAUGAACGUGCUGUGGAGGUUAGUCGCAAAUCGUCGUCAGGGGCACUCCCCGAUGAUUUCGGUUUCGACGAGUUGGUAUCCCUAAUAAACAAUACGGAUGUGUCAGUCUCGGUGGCUGAAAACCCAAAAGCUGCGCCCAUCUCUUUGCUUCUCUCUUCUUUCCUACCAUUCUCAAAACCACCUCCGGCAACUACGGAGGUGUCUGCAGAGGAUCUCGCCACACCGAUUCCAUCUCAUGCCCCUCUAGAUCUGGAUGAUCCGCUGCCGUACCUCCGAUUGUUCACCCCUUUCACAUACAAAUCGCGGAUUGACAUCCCAAACACGCGAAGCGAUAUGUCCAAUGCGUCAGACCUGUAUCAAACCCACUCGAUUGAGGUACUGGAACCUCGAAAGCUCCUAGCGGCCAAAAUGAAUAUGACGAUAGAUGUCUCAAAGCAGAAACUUGUCAAGCUAUCCAUCACACACCUUUCCCAGUGGGCAGAACGAGAGCUAGGCACCUGGAUCCGUGGGAAAGCGCGGGAAAAGGACCUGGGAGCGAUUUCGUGGGCCCUUGGGUCUUUCUUGGAUGUCGCUAUCAGAAGAGCGGAAUGCUGGCAAAAAUGCCAGCACUUGCUUGAAGAUGUCGCGAGCAGCGGAGGCAAAGCUCUCCCGGGAAAGCGAAAAGGGCGUCCAGCAACACGCGACAUCGACAGUGAUGAGGACGCUGAAGGCAGUACAGAAGAAGAGGAUGCAGUUGCGGGCGUUGCUGCUGGCGGCGAGCAAGCCGAGAAGGGCAAAACCAAAAUGAAGCGCAAAGCGAGAGUCUCCCGGAAACAAUUGUUAACGCAUCUUGGGAGAGAGUUGUUGAUCUUUGAGUCUUCGGAGAUCGUCCUUAAAAUCGGUUGGGACAUUGGCUUUGACUGGACUGGGGAGGCAAAGUCUAUUGUGAAGGCUUCUGCUGCUUUUCCUAGAGUUUGGCACGAUGCAGAUGCGAGGAACUCUUUAAAGAAGGUCCCAGCAACCUUCGAUAAUCUGGUCAGGGAUCGAGGCGUUUACGAGAGUAUUAAAGCGAUGGUUGGGCUGCUAUUUGCUUGAAUCUAUAGUGAUACCCCAAGAGUAGCUUCAGAGCUGUAUCAACACUGUUCAGAACG